AGAAGAUCUAAACAAAAUGGCUGGCCUUCUAUCUAAAAGCGAACCUAAACUGAAUUUAGAAAUUCGCACAAAAUCGGUUGAACAGACCCUUGUUCCUCUAGUUACGCAGAUCACAACACUUGUCAAUUCUAAAGAAAGGAUCAAGCUUACAGAGAAACAGCAAAAAGCUUUAGAGAAAGUGGGCCAGGCUGUUAGUUCAGCAGUGGAUAGAUUCGUAUCUGUGGGUCAGUCAAUAGCAGAGGAGCAUCCAGAUAUCAAAGCGGAUAUGUGUUUGGCUUGCCACGAUGCUAGGCUUGCAGGUGCAUCUAUCCAGAAGUUAACUGCCUGUUAUCCAGGUCAGGAUGAGGCUAUGACCCUGACAACAGAUAAAACGGCCAUGGUAAGAGCUGCGAGGCAACUUUUGUCUGCCAUCACUAAAGUUCUUCUACUGGCUGAUCACAUAGUUGUCAAACAGCUUCUGUUAAGCAAGGAGAAAGUCCUGGCAAGUUUAGCUCAUGUGGAGGAAGUCAACAACUUUACAGAUUUUGUGAAUGCCUUCAGUGAAUUUGGGAAGGACAUGGUGGAACUUGCCCAUUUAUCUGGUGAUCGUCAGAAUGAUUUAAAAAGUGAUAAGCACAGAGCACAGAUGGGCUCAGCUAGAGCCAUCUUGGAAAAGUCGACUAUGAUGCUGCUGUUGUCUUGUAAGACAUUCUUGCGCCAUCCAGAAUGUGCUAGUGCACGCCUGACUCGACAGGGAGUGUUCUCAAUGAUAAGACAAGCACAAGAACUGAUUCAGCUUGUAGUAGUGCAGGGCGGGCCAGAGGAGAAUCGCACUGAAAAGAGUCAAGUUCUCAAUGGAGACUCUGGCAUAGGUUUAACCUCCUCCCAUCCCACAGCAAGCAAAGCAUUUUCCGAUUUUGAGGAUCAAAUAGACAUGAGUCGAGUUACUAUGAUUGGUCCAGAAAUUGAAGACAGACUUUUGUGUGCUUUUGAAAAUGUGAAGGAGGCGGUGGAAGAAUUUACAGAUUCUUACUACACUUCCCAUGAGGCUCGGGAAAAAAUUGUCCAGCUUAGUGACAGCUUGCGUGAUAAUUUACAAAACUUGCUACUACUAGGACACAAUGUUAAAUGCAGGGAUGGUAGAAUGUCUACUCAAGAUUUUGAAACAUCUGUCAUUAAUGUUCUAGAGGCUUCUAAAAUUUUAAGGAAACAACUGUUAGCUACUGCAAUGAGCCAGGCCUCAGAUCUGUUCAGACAAAAUGAUGAUGAAUGUCUACUCAAGGCGCUCAAGAAGUCUGGUUUGUCUGGGGACUUUGACCGAGUGGAAGAGCUUACUGUGAAGUUCUCUGAACACCAGGAGCAGCUUGAGGAGGUUUGUAAAUUGUUCAGACACAUGGCAACAACAGAACCCUUAAUCAUUGCAGCAGAACAUAAUGAGUCAUUUCUCCACUGUUUGGGACCGCUGAUAUUAUAUGCUGCUCACACACUGGCUCAGCAUCCAGAGUCAAAAAUAGCUAGAGAGAAUCUUUCUGUCUUCAGCGAUGCAUGGGAAAAUCAAAUUAACGACUUGUCCAUAUUGGUCAAAGAAGUUAAUGAUUUGUGUCAAGGUCGUGGAGACAAAGUAGUUUAUCUUUCUCUGCCUAGACCAGGAAAACAUGGAACAAACUCUCGAGCUCUAAGGCCAGCCAAACUUGAUGCUGAGGAGCAAGCAAAGAUUGCUAAGUUGGGCCUUGAGAUGAAGCUGAUCACAUCUGAAACAGAGGCGGAGGCAGACAAGUGGGAGGAGCCAGACAACGCUGUUGUCAAGCGAGCCAAGAACAUGUCCAGCAUGGCCUUCAGCAUGUAUUUGUUCACCAGAGGGGAGGGACCGCUGAAGACCACCCAUGACCUCUUUGUCCAGGCCCAUUUCUUUGCUCAAGAAGGGAACAAGCUCUACUCCACAAUACAAAACUUUGCUCAGAGAGUACCGCCUUGUUCACAGAAGGAGGAAUUACUGAUGUAUUUAGAUAGAAUACCAAUGUGCUGUCAUCAGCUGAUCACGACACUCAAGUCAGCCACAUUUGGCAAGACUGCAACAUUCAAUAAGGUAGACAGUGCAAUUCAAGAAACUAAAAACUUGAUGAACAUAGUGGCCAAAGUAGUAACCACAUGUUUUGUAUGUGCUACAAAGUACAAUAUAGACUACAGAUGUUCCCCAACUCCAAGCUCUAGCUGUCAGCUGACCAGGUGGUCAUCGGGUCAGCGGUCCUCCAGUGAUAAUGAGUCAGCCCUCAUGGACAACAGGAGAUUGAGUGACCAGGAGGAUGCCCUAUUCCGGAGUUCCAGCAGUGGUAAAGGUUUGUCCAGCCUUGAAAAAACUGGAUAGAGAACUGACCAGCACACACUCAUCAAAAGAUAUCAACACUGUUCUAGUCUUGUAUAUAAUAUUCUAUUUAUAUCACCUAUGACUUUGAUAACUAGUGGUCAUGAGAAGUUUUCUUUGUAUUUGAAUUGCAAUUGGCAAAAUAUCAGUAUCAUAUUAAUAAGUUCAUAUUUUUGUGUCACCAAGCUGUUGUGGUAUCAAUACACUAGACUUGUUACAACUGCAUGUCUAGUACAUCCUUAUGUACUUAUGACACUGGAGAAUACAUUUGUAAGAAGAGGUUAACUCUUUAAGUCUGCUGUAAUUGGUUUGCAGUGACUACUUUCUCAGUUUGUCUUUUGACUAAAGUUUACCUUUCUAUAUAUUUUGAAAAAUGGCUUUUUGCUAGUUUUUUUUUGUCUUUAAUUUAAAAAAUUCAAACCAAGAGAUAAAACAUGAAAGUAAUCUUUAAAUGCUCAAUAGUUAAUUAUUUAUAUUUUACAAAUAUUUUUUUUUAUGGCAUGGCCAAUUUAAAAAAAAAAAGUUUCAGAGAUUAAUACAAAAUUACAAUA